AUGUCACGCUCUAUAAUGAUUAUCGGGGCCGGAUUCGCUGGCGUGUGGAGCGCACUCUCAGCGAAACGUCUCAUCAACCUCAACGGUCAAGGAGAGACCAUCAACAUCAUUGUCAUAGCGCCUGAGCCUUACUUAGUUAUCCGACCGCGCCUCUAUGAGUCAAAUGCUUCGAGCUUGAAGCAUCCUCUCAGCGCCCUUUUCGACUCUGCUGGCAUACAGUUUUUCCAAGGCACUGCGGAGACUAUAAACACUCAGACACACACUGUCCAUGUCAGGUCCCCAACGGGUUCCGGCUCUGAUGUGUCUUUUGACCGUCUCAUACUAGCGGCCGGGAGCUCUGUAGUGCGGCCACCAAGUAUCUCUGGACUUCAGCAGCACGCCUUCGACAUAGACACGCUUGAGUCCGCUGUCAAACUCGAAACCCAUCUUGAGGGUCUUGCGUCUCGCCCACCGAGUACUGCUCGCGACACCGUUGUUGUUUGCGGUGCCGGUUUCACUGGAAUUGAGCUGGCGACUGAGCUGCCUAAGCGCCUCGCACAUUUGACAAGCCCGCGCAUUAUUCUGGUUGAAGUUGCAGACCAGCUUGGCCCAGAACUAGGACCGGGGCCUCGUCCAGUCAUCAGCGAGGCCCUGGAGAGUCUUGGUGUCGAAGUUAAACUUGGAUCUGCAGUUACUGCAGUUGAUUCUCAGAGCAUAACCCUCACCUCUGGGGAGCGCAUUGAAACAUUGACGGCCAUUUGGACGGCCGGUAUGCGCGCGACACCCCUGACCAAUCAGAUUGCUGGAACCAGAGACAAACUUUCACGUAUUCACGUCAAUAACCACCUCCGAUCGUUGUCAUCUGAGUGUGUCUUCGUUACGGGAGACGCUGCCUACGCUUCCGCCGAUGGCCAAGGUCACCAUGCCUUGAUGUCUUGCCAGCAUGCCCUUCAGCUUGGCCGGAUAUCGGGGUAUAAUGCCGCUGCAGAUCUUAUAAAAGAGCCUCUUCUGGAAUACUCACAGGAGGCAUACAACUGCUGCCUUGACCUCGGAUCAUGGGGCGCGGUAAUCACUGGAGGUUGGGCCAGAGAGGUCAAGAUUCAGGGGGACUUGGCUAAGCGAGUGAAAGACCACAUCAACCAGAAGUUGAUUUACCCUCCUACCGAUGUCCAAGAAGCGCUGCAGGCUGCAAGCCCUGUAGGACCUGACUCCGACGAGUUGUUCAAGCAGAUUUUAGCUGUGGUAGGCUAA